CAGCCAGCCGGCCGCGGCGGCCCAGCGGCGCUUCGCUCGGCCCUGGCACCGGGGGAGCGCGCGCCUGCCCGGAGGAAGCGUCCGCGCGCGCCAUGUCGGCCGGGCCCCCCAAGGCCCUGCCGUCCACGGGGCCCCAGUCCCUGCGCGACGUGCCGCACCCGCUGGCCGGCUCCAGCAGCGAGGAGGCCGUGGGCGGCGACAGCACGCCCAGCCCCGAUCUGCCGCGGACGCGCAGCUUCGGCGACAAGGAUCUCAUUUUGCCCAACGGUGGAACCCCAGCAGGCACUUCAAGUCCAGCUUCUUCAUCUUCUCUUCUCAAUAGACUCCAGCUAGAUGAUGACAUUGAUGGUGAAACCAGAGAUCUCUUUGUCACGGUUGAUGACCCCAAGAAGCAUGUCUGUACGAUGGAGACCUACAUCACCUACAGGAUUACCACCAAAAGUACCCGGGUGGAGUUUGACCUGCCAGAAUAUUCUGUUCGUCGAAGAUAUCAGGAUUUCGACUGGCUGAGAAACAAACUAGAGGAAUCACAGCCCACUCACCUCAUUCCCCCUCUUCCUGAGAAGUUUGUGGUGAAGGGUGUUGUGGAUCGUUUCUCAGAAGAGUUCGUGGAGACCAGAAGGAAAGCUUUGGAUAAGUUCCUGAAAAGGAUCACGGAUCAUCCUGUCCUCUCUUUCAAUGAGCACCUUCAUGUUUUCCUGACCGCUAAGGACCUGAAUGCCUACAAGAAGCAAGGGAUGGCAUUGCUGACUCGUGUUGGCGAGUCCGUCAGGCAUGUCACCAGUGGCUACAAACUGAGGUGUCGGCCCCUGGAGUUUGCAGCCAUCGGCGAAUACCUGGAUACAUUUGCGCUCAAACUGGGAACCAUUGACCGCAUCGCCCAGCGUAUCAUCAAAGAAGAGAUAGAGUACCUUGUAGAGCUGAGAGAAUAUGGGCCUGUGUACUCCACAUGGAGUGCCCUGGAAGGGGAGCUGGCUGAACCCCUAGAGGGUGUGUCUGCUUGCAUUGGCAACUGCUCAACAGCUUUGGAAGAGCUGACGGAUGACAUGGCAGAGGACAUUCUGCCUGUGCUCAGGGAGUACAUCCUCUACUCUGACUCCAUGAAAAAUGUGUUGAAGAAGAGGGAUCAGGUGCAAGCAGAAUAUGAAGCCAAACUGGAAGCUGUUGCUCUUCGCAAGGAAGAACAGCCCAAGGUGCCCACAGAUGUUGAGAAACUUCAGGACCGGAUGGAGUGUUUCAAUGCUGACCUGAAAGCGGAUAUGGAACGGUGGCAGAACAACAAGAGGCAAGACUUCCGACAGCUGCUCAUGGGAAUGGCAGACAAGAACAUCCAGUAUUACGAGAAGUGCCUCAUGGCCUGGGAGUCCAUCAUUCCACUGCUACAGGAGAAGCAAGAAGCCAAGUGACCUCAUACUUGGGACAGACACUCUCCUACCUGCACAAGGCCAGGCACUCCUUUUAGAACAUUCCUGCCAUGCCAGAGAGGUGAAGCUGGGAAGACAACCACAGGAAUAUCUCUCCUCAUGUCAUCUCUCCUUCUUUUCCUCUUCCUUCAACUGGCACCAUUCCCAAUGAGUAUUUUGUUCUUUGGUGGAGUUCCAAAUGUUAAUCAUGAUCAUCUCUUGGCGAAAGACAGUAGAGAUCCAUGUUGAGAUAGGGCCUGCUCCAUGGAACACUAACCAGAAUUGACUUUGCAACAUCUCUUCAAGGUCUCCACUCUGGAGAUCAUGGAGAUGCCUGUUCAGGAAGAGAACCCAGGAAAGCCAGAACUCAGGGCAGCAGUUCUUGUUCACUCUGGAGACACAUGGAUCUCCAUAGACACUAACAUAGGCACUUUCUAGCUCAGGCUAGAAGACAGUAUAGUGCCCCUGUGAUGGGAAAUUCUACAUGGACCUAGACUGUGCCUAAGAGUGUGGCCCAUUGCCUGCUUGUGACACUUGACCCUCCCUUGUGUUUGGUUUCAUGGUUCCUGCAGGGCUAACUCAGAUCUGUGUCUUUGUACGUCCAGGCCCAAGUAAGCCAGCCAGUGUUCUUGUCCUGGUGAUGCCUUCAGGAUACUGAAGGCAAGAUGGUGUCCCCCCAAAAUUGUGUCUGUCUCUAGAAUGCAGUAGGAUGGAACUGUGUUUGUAUAAAAGGAAAACAAAACAAAACAAAAAGGUGCAUUUUUUCCC